AUAAACAUUAUGGGGCUUGAAAACGAGCAAGUUGCGGAAAUUCCGACCGUUUCAUCUGAAUUGAACGACAUCACUCAUCCUGUCAGAUAUCAACAUCGAGUGGAAAAUUCUCAUCUGUACAGAAAAGUUUUAAAUGAGUUCACGUCUAACAAAAAAGACAAAUCCGUCACGGAUCGUACAAAUUUGUCUCUUGCGUCAGUUGACGCGAUCAGUACGGAAGAAUGUUCGAACACGUCGGUUAAAACCGAACAAUAUUUGAACGUGGAAAAUUGCGACGGAUCGUUUUUUGAGAAUAACGCGAUUCGACUUCCUCAUGUCUCGUGGAAGCGUAAGACUCCCUACAGCAUUUCCAUCAGUAGCUGCACACGUUACAGAACAUCCAGUACUGUUUUAGAGGAUGUCCCCGGAAAGGACGAGCCGCGAGAGGGAAGAGCGGAGCGUAGCAUACUCUCCGAUUGUCGGGAGUAUUUGGCUAAUUAUCAGGAAUCUUGCGGUACGCCGCGUUACGCGGAUUAUUCCUACGCCGCUUUGAUCACGACAAUGGCUCAGGCUGCCGCACGAUGUCUUUGGGCGUUGAUAUGCGUUAUCGUUAAUGUCGUUCCCGUGAUUCAGAUGUUCACCUUCGUGCUGAGAUUUGUGUUGGACAAAACGAUCGACAUACGCGGGACCAAGGAUUUCCAACGGGCAUUGAUAAAAUUCGCGAUACUCGCCGUGCAAUUGUUCAGCGUGUACGUUUGCCUUUUAUUUAUUAUUGACUUCAUCGUUCUACCGAUCGUACAAAUGACGGUCAACAUCGUAGCCAAACUUAUAAUACGCAAGUAGAUCGUGCGCAGUAAUAAUAUAUUA